AUGUCGGCCACUCAUGAUGCCCCACCACCAAUUCCUCCAAAACCAAGUAGCCAAGGAAGACCUCAAAAUGCCAAUGACAUCGAUCAUUUAUUAAAUUUGAUUGACGAGGAGUUAACAAUUUCACAGGAGACUUAUAAUCCUUCUCACUUAAAUAAUCCUUGUUGGAAUCAGCCAACAAGCUCAGCUCCUUUAAAUGUAAUAAGUUCACCUUCAAUCGAACCGAUAAAUUUAAGCCAUCGUUCAAAUAGGCUUAGCACAGAAAUUCCCUCUUCAAGUGUAGAAAACCUUACUCGGCGCACUUCCGGAAAUUCUUCAAUGACAAAUCGUUCACAACAAAAUGCAGCUUCAUAUAAUGUUCACGGUCCUGUGAAUUCAUAUCAACAGCAAUACAGCUCACAACCACCUUAUGGUCACUCGCAGCAACAAGCUUAUAAUACUAGUUCAAUGCCACAAGUGCAACAACCUUAUGGUAGUGCGCCAUUUUAUUCAAAUUAUAAUUAUUAUUCUAGCUUUCCUCGUGACCUUACCUCUCAAGGUUGGCCCAAUACAAGUACGCAGCAUUAUCAAAGUCCUCCUGCGAGACCGUUGCCGAACCCUCCAAUGUCAAACCCACCUUAUCAAGCUCCCUCACCAUAUGCUAAUCAACAAUAUAAUUACGGAGGAAGUUACGCAACCUCUUCAAUUCCUGGAGCAACUCCUAUUGUAAUGCCUGAUUUUCAUUCAUAUGCAUCGGCAGUAACUUCUCCUCUUCCAUAUCAUAACGAGCAGCAAAACCAGACGCAAAGAUGUGUCCCAUCCAUACCGUCAUUACCUAAUGAUCCUUACGAUGCUUAUCCGGUUGAGUCAGAUUACAGUCAAUUUAUGCAAUUCCCUUCCGCCGCCUCUGGGGUCCCUUUAUCUUAUUUUCCAUAUCAAUCUCAAGUAAAAAAUCGGACUUCGUUACGUGGUUCAAAUUCAAAUUCUAGUUCAGCACCCGCCAAAAAAUCAUAUGCAAAUGGUAUCAAUGGUUUAAUGGAUCCAGCAUUACUAUCCAAUAUAGCAUUAGCUUUUCGUGCCACUGUAAACCUGGGUACCCACGUAAAAGGUGCUUUGGAGUACCCAGAAAGUUUUACUGGUAUAGAUGCUGUGAAUACAAUUUAUUCUCUCUUACCAUGUGAUAUUCCACGUCGCGUGGCUUUGUCUAUGGCCCGUUCAUUAGAAGCACAACUCUACUUCCAUUCGAUAAAUUGGGCAACAAUUUCUGUUAUUAAUGAUAAUAAAGACGAGGUUUACGCAUUCCUUAACCCUGACCCCGGAUCACCAACGUUAUGGGAAUGGGAUGAAGAUUUUCCCACCGGUGUAUUUCCCGCCGUUUCGAAGUGCUAUAGUCCACGUUGUGGUAUUGAUGGUAAAGGAUGUUAUUCCAGGACUUGUUCGAACUAUGUUCCUGGCGUGAAUGAAAUUAAACCUGAUCCUUCGCUUAUUCCAAGCACACCGGUUGAUCUAGUUGCAGGUCCCACUGAUUCACAGGUUCAAGCGGCAUCGCAGGAGCAACGUACUUGGAUAAGCUCCGUUCCGAAAGAAAUAUUGGAUAGCGUCUCCAAAGAUGAGAAGAAACGUCAAGAAAUUAUAUUCGAAACUAUAUAUACGGAAGAUGAUUAUGUAAAGGAUUUAGAUCUUUUAGAUACGUUAUAUGUUCAAGGGCUUCGUUCAUCCCCAACUCCCAUAAUUCCACCGCCUGAUCUUGAUAAUUUCAUUCAAGACGUUUUUUAUAACGUUUUCGAAAUCAGGAAACACAACAAAGUCAUGCUAGGACGUUUGCAAAAACUGCAGAAAGAAAAUUAUGUAGUAAACAAUGUCGGUGAAAUAUUUUUAGAAUGUGCACUCGAGUUUGGAAAUGAUUACGUAACAUAUAAUGGGAAUUUUCCUCAUGCUGAUAAUACCAUAAAAAUUGAGAAAGCGAGAAAUCCAGAAUUUAAACGUUUUUUGGAGCAAUGUACACGAAAACCUGAAGCACGUAAACUUGAUUUCCGUCACUUUGUUCAAAGACCGACACAACGUUUACAACGGUACACAUUGCUACUUGAACAGAUUAUUAAAUACACGGCAGAUGAUAAUCAAGAUAAAAAAGUUUUGGAAAAUGCUUUGCAAAAAAUUCGAGAAUUAUGUAGGGAAAGUGAUAAUAGAGUUCACGAAGCUGAAAAACGAUUGAGAAUAGUAGAACUGGAACGGAAACUAGUGAAAAAGAACAACGAUCGAUGUGUUCGUGUUUUCCCUGAGCUUAAGCUUUCGGAUCCAAAUCGACAAUUGAUAUUUAAGGGAGAAUUACAAAAGAAGGCAGAUUUAGGUCUCGAAUGGCUGGACCUAUAUGUUUUUCUUUUUGAUCAUUAUUUGGUGAUGACAAAACCAAAGAAAGAUAUGCUUAUUGUAGAUUCGGGCUCAGAUAUUGUUCAACCCAACAAAUCCACAUUUUUCCCUAACCUUGGUAGCGCGCUUGACAAUCGAAAAAGAACAAAUAGUAUGGGUCAAAAUUCAGCCGCCACGCCUCUCGUUGCUGUUACCGAUCUUGAAGCACCCGAAAAUCUUUUAAGUCGACCGAGUUUACACUCUUUCACAAUCCUUCAUAUCGGUCGUAACGGGGGAACCUACCAGUUAUUUGCAGAUUCUGCUAAUACUCGUAGAAUGUGGAAGGAUAAGAUUGCGGAGGCACAAACUAAGCUUCAAUUAAGUAAGGCAAGUCAGCAAGUAUUUGAAUUAUUUACAUUGAACGAUGCGACAUUCGGGACAGCUUCAAUUGCGACUCCUGGAGGAUCACAUUCAACGAAUGCAUCAAAAGUCAAAGUAACUUGCUCCGUCCCUUUUGUUACCCCCGAAAAGCGUAACAUGGUUGCUAUUGGAACGGAAGAUGGUGUAUGGAUGGGAUUUGGAGGAGAAACCAAGACAUUUCGUCCAGUUUUGACGGGUAUCGGUAAUGUGAUGCAAAUGGCGGUGCUUGAAGAGUUCGGAAUUUUUGUUGUAUUAGUUGACAAAGCGCUAUGGGCUUAUUCAUUAGAAUCGUUGAUUCCAUCAUCCACAAGCACCAAUACAUCUGGCCGAACUCAGACUCGUCAAAGAUUAGCUAGCAGUAACAUUCAAUAUUUCAAUGUUGGCACUAUUAGAGACCGUACUUUCCUUGUUUUCAUGAAAAAGAAAGGACUAGAAAGUCAUUUUAAGGUUUUAGAACCCAUUGGAACAACCGGUCAACGUAAGGGCAUGUUUCAGAUGCGAAAUGAUUGGUUCAAAGAAUAUAAGUCGCUUCAAAAUGGAACAAUACCAGACCUUUCUCAUCCACAAUUCUCAAAUAUCGCACGAAGAUGUGACAAUUCCAAACCUCUGGGGAUGUUUAGAUUAGAUGAAAGUUACUCUAAUGAAUUCCUGUUGUGUUACGACGAAAUAUUCUUUUAUGUUGAUAAACAUGGCGAAUUAUCACGGACUACGGUAGUCCCAUGGGAAGGCAAGCCCGAAGCAGUUGCGUUACAAUUACCUUAUGUCAUCGGCUUUAAUCCUUUAUUCAUUGAAAUUCGGGACGUGCAUAAUGGAGAAUUAUGUCAAGUCAUUCCAGGCAAAAAUCUGCGAUGCUUGAAUGAUAAUUCUUCGGGUAGGAAUGCAAUACAUGCAGUGAUGCAACAUCCUUUUAACGACACACAAUACGUUUUUCAACUAGUAUUGGCUCAAAUAAGAAGAAACGAUAGUAUGAAAGGGACGCAUCGCUGA